UGGCAAACCCACAAGCCAUGCCAUUGCCGCUGCCAGAGACGGCCUUCGUUCCCGAGGCCAAGUCGACGAAGAAGCGGCCGGAGCCCAUGACGCCGCAGUUCGUCAUCCAGCCGACGCCGAAGCGCCGCACGGCCUUCGAGUCGCCACCCGCGAGCGCGUACGAGGCGCUUGCGUCGCAGGCCAUGGGACCACCCCCGAUGCUCAUGCUGGACGACGCCGAGGAAGAGGCGACGCCGACGACGCCAGACCAAGGCUGGGUUGCGCCAUUGCCCUCCAUGGACGCGCAUGGCGAAGAAGACGACCUCGAUCACCCACCUACAUCCCACGACGUGGAAGACGCGCACAAAGAAGUCGCACCCCUGCGUUGGCUUGAUCAGGACGCGCCGGUACAAGGGCUGGUCGAGUCGGGCAACGAGAAGUCGUCGGCCGACGAUUCAUCUCAGGAGGUUCAAGGCGGUCCAUUCGCGCUGCCAGACCACAUGGAGGAGCCCAUCGUAGCUUCUGCAGCACCGAAUACGCUCCAGGCCAUGCCGUUGGCAUCCGAUCAUGUGAACGGAAUGGUUCCCAUCUCGUCUGGCGAGUCCGAGCCAUCAAGCCCCGUUCCGCGGCCCCUCGUCGACGACGCCGAGACCCCAUUAUUGCAUCGUUCCGGUGCCCCUUGCUCGUCUCUGCGUCUGCCACCAAACAACUCAGCCCCAGAAGAGCCAGCGAUCGCGCCAGUCCAAAUCGAAGAUUCGAAGGAGGCGCUUUUUGAAGAGGCCGAGCAGUCAAUGCCCCUUUUCCGCACUGCGCCGGCCGAUGCAAGCUCUCACCUGCAGUACGGCCAAGUCGCGCCAUCCCCUUUUCGCAUCUCGCAGUCUCAGUUUGGGCAAAUCGGGAAGGGCCUCCCGACGCGCCUCUUUAGCCAAGCCACCGAUCAAAAGAUCAAGCCCGAGCCUUGCGCUACGAACGUGGCACGAGCGAACGCAACUCGUGUCCGGAGCCGUACGUCGUCGACCAUUGCCGGAGGCAAGCGGCGUUCUGUUUCGGCGCCACAAGACGAGAACGCUCGACCGAUGGCUCGGCUCGUGUCGCCAGAAGCCGCGAAAGCCGUCAUCGAGGAGCAGCCGCGCGCUGCCAAGGUCAAGCCCAUCUCGCUCCAGCUUCGCGACGGCAACGGCGACAUCGUGCUGCUUCGUGCCAAGCCAACUGCGCUUUUGAGCCGCGUCUUUGAGGAGUUUUCCAAGAUGAAGAAGGUUCCGUCAGACCAUUACCGUUUCUUCGUCGACGGCAAGCGUCUUGCGGGCGAAGCGACGAUCGCUUCGGUCGAGCUCGAGCACGACGACAUCAUCGAUUGCCUCGGGCCCCAAGUCGGCGGCUGCCUCGCGUAGACUGUCGCACGAUGAUACCUUAUCUAUUGUGUAACGUGGCAUCCUACGAUGACACACCACGUGGGGUGCACCGUUCAAGAAUCGCCAGGGUGCGGCCGGGUUGA